AUGUGUUUGAUCUAUCGAGUGCAUGCGGAGGAGCUCGCUCUCAAGCGUCACCGACGCGCAGGACCGAUGAAAAGCUCUCAGUGGGGGGCGCACGUCUCCUCCCACUGUCCUGGCCUCCUCUGCUUUGCCCUCCAUAGCAUCUUCUGCUGAGUGAGAGAGAGGGGAGGGGGUGUGGGGGAAGAUGGAGGAGCUUGCUAGGCUGUACGGCCUCUUCGUCUGCGUCUUCCUGUACAAUUUCUCUGCAUAUAUGGUCUCCCCGGUCAUCACCGACGUCACGAUGGCGGCGAUCUGUCCCGGCAGAGAUCGCUGUAGCCUAGCGAUCCUCCUUCGCGGUCUCCAGCAGGCUGUAAGCUUCUCUGCUCUGCGCCGCAAUUUCUUCUCACUCCGCGUCGUCUACCCCAACCUUCGUCCUCCUCCGCUCGAUCCAUUACUGGUACGGACUGAGAAGUUAACCUUUAGUAGCGUAGACACAAGGUCUGGCUGCAAUAGGCUGCGGCUUUGCGAUCGGACAGACUUAGCUCCUUCCAGGCUUUCUCGGUUCGAUUUGAAGGAGAUCAACAGCGUGAUCAGAGAAUGUUCAAACGAAAGGGAAUUACGAUCAGCAGUCUACGACAAACCUGUCUCAGAGAAGCCGCCUAUCGACACUCCCGAACAGAUUUGUGCAUUAGAUCGCUGGAGUUGCCACUCUUGCCGCUAGAUUCCAGAAAGGACCCUGCAGCUGUUGAUGAUAUUUGACCAUUCACCUCUGCAGAUCACAGGAAUGGGAACCCUCCUGGUGACCCCCUGUAUGGGGAGUCUGUCUGACAGGUACGGCAGGAAGGCACUCCUCGCUGUUCCCAUGGCACUGGCCGCGGUUCCACCAGGUAACGCCACCGAUCUUGCUCAUCUUCUUGGACCUCUGCCAGCGAUCUUACCAUUAGACCGAACGGAGGACAGAGAGUCUCCUGGCGUAGACAGCUAGCGGCGAUCGUUCUCCAGCCGCUCUUACUAGUCGAAGGCCGGCGGAGCGGCGGCGAACCUGAGCACGCCGGCCGAUGAAGCUUUUUCCUCCGUUGCCCCCCGCCGGAGAGCAGAGCUCUCGGCGCCGUGGCCGGGAGAUAAGGUGUCAGGUCGGAGAAAAGCCAGCAAAACGACUCCGCCCCAACAGACUGACACCCCAGGCGAGGCCUCCCGUCCUCACCGAGCCCGGCCCCACCAAAAUAUCCACCCCCCAAAGUAGACGACCCGAACUUAUUUCGGGCCGGGCCAAAUCGGGCCUCGGGCUGUCCCGGCCCGGUGGUGGGUUUCGGUGGGUCCCCUCAUCUCUAAAUGUAUAUUAUUUACUCGACAUUUCACUUUUUCUCGGAAAAUUCUCUCUCUUAGCUCGCUGAAAAAUAUACCAUUUUUCUUUAAAAGAUGCGGAAUUAAUCAGUUAAGAUGCCCGGCAUUCCACUUGGAAAUCUCCUAUUUUUUAAAAAUAUCCGCAGAAUUCUGGGUUUUCUUUACUCCGCGCCGAUCAUUCAUGCGAUGAACAGUGUGUAUAGAAAUCUAACGCUCUCUGAUCGAUCGGGUCACUGCCUGCAAUGUUCGUCGACGGAAUAUGGGAUGAUCAUUCCUCGGUGUCGGGUAUCAUUGGCAUACGGUUUUGUGAUCUCGUCUCUUUCUUCCUCUGUUGGGUUGCAGCGAUUCUUUCCUGCAACAGGACGCAAGCCUUCUUCUACGUCUACUACGUAGUGAAUAUCUUCACCGGCGUAAUCUGCGAUGGCAGCUUGCAGUGCCUGCCCAUUGCCUACGUGGUGAGUUGGAGUCUCCUGGUGUUCCAGCAGUGCAAGCCGAUGACACAGCAUGAAUCAGAAGCAGGAAAUUCCUUUCCCGAAUCUGACGAAAUCUGUUGUCUCAGACCAGUCGAACGUCCAAUGCAGGCGGACGAGGUCGGCGAGCGACGGCGGGCCUCCGCCAUCGGAAUGCUCUCCGGAGUCGCCAUGGUGGGAUUCGUCGCCGGAAUCCUGACGUCCCGCUUCCUCUCUACGACAGUCACAUUCCGCGUCGGUACCCCCUCCCCCCCCCCCAUUCCAUUCUGGUUAUCUUCUCAUUCGCUGAUUUUCUGAGCUUUGGUUUCACAAGGGUUCGCGUGAUCGUUAGGUCGCCGCCACAAUGGCAGUAUUCGCGGCGUUGUACGCGCGGGUGUUGCUCGUGGAGUCUUGUAGACCCGGAGGCGCCAGCACCUCUGCUCAAUCUUCUCAAUCGAUUCCGACAUCCAGACUUUCCGGGCCCGAACCCGGGGGAGAACCGCCGCUUCUACCUUCCGUCAAAGCUCCUCUUUCGCUGCGCGAUCUGACUACAUCCUUCGGCUGGUCAGUUCUCACCGGCUUCUUUUUCCUGUUGUCAUUACCCACAGUUUCUUGUGCUCUGUCAAGUAAAGAUGCUUGCUGGAGUAGAAAAUCGGAAUUACUCAAGGAACGAAUGUAGGCGAAAUUCUCAAUCCACUACAAUUUCCUUAUACAUAUAUAUAUAUAUAUAUAUAUAUAUAUAUAUAUAUAUAUAUAUAUAUAUAUAUAUAUAUUUUCAUGUAUUAUUUUUAUUUUUCUUGUUUCCUGGUGAAGAUGGUGCUCAGAAAAUAUCGAAUUAAAACUAGUCUUGUCUUUAUUAAGAAUUCAAAUGAAAAUUAUGUGAAUUGACUAGGAGUAUCUAGAUUGAACAAUGUGUGAUUCUAAGAUCUUGGAGAGUCACCGUCUCACGUUGACUUAAAACUAGGCUCUACUCUAAUUUUUUGGAUUUCUACGUCAUUUUAAAGUCUCUUGAAUUCGUCUGCAGUUUGACGUUUUCAAGAGCAGCAGUUGUUGCAUUUCUAAGCAAUCUUGGUGAGGGAGGACUUCAGGCUUCAUUGCUGGUACGUUUUCCCCUUCCAUAAUCAAGAAACUUCAAUCUCUCUCAUCCAUGAUGGUGCGCAUAUGAUUUUGAAGUUGUGGAAAAUAAUAUAUAUGGAUCCCAAUUCAGUCUAAAAUCACGAGUAAUGUCUAAUAUUUUUUUCAUAGCUGUCUGAGAAACAUUGAAUAGAUGAAGCUGAAACCUAUAAAUGUCUUCAAAGGAUCUGUUUUGCUCUUCUCAUCCUUCUUGAAUGAUUUUUGCUUUUUUUCUCUUUCAGAAUUUCUUGAGGGGUAAUAGUUUUGAAUGUAUAUCCUUUUUUCAUCAUAGAACUCUUCAAUGGCAUCCGAUCCUGUGAGAUCUUUCUUUAACAUCUCCUCAUAGUUCUGUCCACUCUUCUACCGCCUUACCAAAGAUCAUUCUCCAGAUGACAGUCGACGAAAUUUAUCUGACUUUUAUCUACUAUCUAUUGAAAUUAUUGGCAGAAAUUCUUUACUCUUGUAUUCUAGGAGAUAGUUCAACAUCCAAAACUCAAUGCCCCAAAAAUCUGUUACGAAUCCAGCAUUUAAAGUCCAGCAUAUAAAUUCCCAUAUCUUCUGUGUGUGAUUCAGUGGGUCCCUUUUUAAUUUUUUUGGACCACAGUUUCCUUUAUUGUCAAUACUUAUUUUCAGGGUUUCUUAGUAAUAAUACGUUAUGGGAACUUUAGUAAAGACAAGUUUUCUAAUAUGUUGGAAACUUUCGAUGGCAAUGUUUGUCUCAUGGAUCAAUCUUGAAAAGUUUAAUCAAAUACACACACACACGUGUGUGUGUGUGUGUGUAGGUAGAUAGAUAGAAUAUAAACACAUGAACACAUGCAAACUGUAUCACUAUCUUAUUCUGCAUUUAGUUUUAAACGGUUAAAAAAAAAGGAAAUUAUGAAUUUUAGUAAGAUAUUAGUUACAUCGUCAUACCUUUUUUUCAACCGUGGUUAAUCAUCGUUUCUUUUAUUGGAACAGUACUAUCUUAAGGCACGGUUUAAUUUCAGCAAAGACCAGUUUGCUGAUAUACUGUUGGUAGGUGGCAUUGCUGGAGCUAUCUCACAGGUAUCUGAGAAAAGUUAAACUGCUAUACUAUCCUUGAAUUCAUAACUACUCUACAAUCUCGUUGCAAAUUCUCUAUCUUGUGGUCAUAAACAAUCAAAUCCCAUCCAGUCUCUAGUUUUUAGUCGGAAUUUUGUUUCAUCUGGAUGGACAAACUUUAUCUGCUGGCUAAAAAACCUCAUCCAACUAAUUUUUUUUCACCAGCAUUAUGAGAUCUGAGCUGCUCAUUCCCACGUCGGGCAAUCCACUCCCACCUAGUCAUCACAGAGUUUCAUGUUAUGCAGUUAUUUCUGAUGCCCUUACUGGUACCUACCGUUGGAGAGGACAGAUUGCUCAGCGUUGGAUUAUUGGCAAGCUUUAUAAACGUAUUUUUCUUCUCAUAUCCCGUUUGGCAUUUUGUUCUUGAGAUUUUUUUUCUUUCAGGCCUUGAAGCAAUAAGAUAUUACCGUUAUUGUUAGUGAUCUACCAUUUCUUACUGAUGCAGAUAUUUCUAUACAGCAUAGCAUGGGCCUCUUGGGUACUUUCUCUGACCUUUUACCAUGUAAAUUCUGUUUUUUCACAAAAAUAUACUUUAGGGUAUAUUUCUAUCAUAGAAACUGUUACCUGCAUCUACGUUUCUGCCAGUAGUUUAUCAUUUCUUUCUGAAAGGAACUAGUUCCACGUUGACCCGUUAACAUUAUGUCCUUAAACCCUACAGGCGACGAGUUUUACUUUCCUAUUCACGAGCAUCUCUGUGUACCUAUGAAAGAUGCUCAACUAUGUAGAAACCCAUCGUCAAACCCUUUAUAAUGGGUACUUUCUACAAGCGCUGGUUGUGGCCUUUGUGUCAGUCUUGGGAAGGAAAUAACCCUUGAUGAUAUUUAACCAAUCCCCAUGUUUAUUUGUACCCAAUCUAGAGGCAGUUCUUUCCGUGUCAUUUAAUCAUAGGCUGGAUGUGAUCGCCGAUUGGGCAUCCUCAUGGGUAGAUCCAUCUCCUGGGGUUCUUCUCAUUGAGGCCUUUAGCAAUUUCAUUUCUUUAUUUUAUAUUAAUUUCGUUUAUUUUAUUUUUUAUCAUCUUAUAAAUCAUAUUAAUAUUUUUCAACUGACAGGUGCCUUAUAUGACAUCUGUGGCAGUAGCCAUGACCAUCCUCUGUCAACCCUGUGUGAGUCUCACUAGUGCUCGCUGUCAUUCAUUCACUUUUUGGAGACUCUCAGCGGUGCUGUCUCUAAUUACAAUAAUAUCAUGUAGAUUAGGACCAUCGUCUCCAAGGAAGCUGAACCCAGUGAGCAGGUGAUUUCAUCAUUCCCAUCGAUGUGAUGCAUAUUUCCCACAAUGUUCCACUCCCAUAGUAACCAAAUAAUUUGGAGUUUCAAUGUGCUAAUCAUCAAGUAAAAAUUCAAUCAGGGCUAUAACCAGCUAUACUAAUUGCAUAGAAACUGCCAUACCUAGAAUUGAGAUGAAUUCAGCUCAUUCUUCCACAUAAUACAUGACAAUAUGCUGAACCAUACCCACAUCUUCUUCAUGGAAAAGAUGCACAGAACCAGAUGAAUGCUGCAGCCUGAAAUUUCUAUGUUCCUGUUUAAUCCGUUGCAGGGAGCAGCCCAGGCCUGCAUUUCUGCCGUAUGCUCCUUCGCAAACAUUUUAUCUCCACUAGCCUUUACACCUCUUACAGGUAACCUUGCAGUUUCUUGUUAGAUUUUUUUUGUUCCCCUUCAACAGUUCUCACCGGCGGCCUUCUAUGAUCUCCAGCUUUGUUCCUAUCGGAAGCCGCGCCAUUCAAUUUCCCCGGUUUCGGUCUCUUGUGUGUCGGGAUCGCACCGGUGAGCAGUUCCUCGUCGAAUGCGCUGUAGAUUUCCUGUUCUUUACGAUUUCCCAUCGACUCAUCUCUGCCUUCUCACUGCAGAUGGCUGCUUUCAUCCAAAGUCUCGCCAUGGCUCGGUCGCAGCUUCCACCUCGCAGAUGA